AUGGAGAAAGAAAGAGUUGCUCUGUUCAACAGGAUCCAAGAAAACAUUGAAGACAUGGACAACUGCAUCCUACAAAUAAGGAAGAAGUAUUCACGAAUUCUCUCUUCUCCUUUCUACGAAGAAGACAUUUAUCGAGAAUUAGACAAGUUGAUGAACAGGGUCCAGAGAUUAUCAGCACAAACUUGGGGUCUUUUAAAAACUGCCAAAGAAAACCGGCGAAAAGAAGAUUUUUCGAAACGAUGUAGCAUUCGAAUGGAAGACGUUCAGAUAAGCACACUUUCUCAGCAGUUUUUGGAUGUUUUGGCUUCUUAUUCGGCUGCACAAAGUGAAUACAGAGAAAAGAAGAAGAAACUUUUGAAAAGACAAUUAGAAAUAACUGGAAAACAAGUGGAUGACAAUGAGCUGGAGAAAAUGCUGGAUGAAAAUACGGCGGUGUUUACACAAGACUACAUCGUCGAAGUGGAGCGAGCAAGAGAAGAUUUAACCGACGUCAAGGAGAGAUACACAGAGAUAUUGAGAAUAGAAAACAGCCUUCGAGAGCUUGACGACAUGCUUCUAAGUCUUUCAAUUCUUAUAAGCAGCCAAGGUGAGAUCAUCGAUUCAGUCGAACACCAUAUAGCAAGGGCGUCUGAGGAUGUUCGAGAAGGGACUGAAGAAAUUGCAAAGGCUGUCAAGAGCAAGAGAAAACUUCGGAAAGUGAGAAUCCUAGUCAUCGUUGCUGUUAUCUUCCUAGUGUGUUUGUUAACAGGAAUCAUCAUACUUGUCAGCUAACUGUUGUAAUAGUAUUACCUAUGUAAAAAUUCAUAUUUUUGUAUUGGAAAAUAAAUAUUA